GUGGUUCCUUUACCCCCCGCCCCCCCAACCUUUUCCUUCUGCUCAUUUCCUCCGCCAUUUCCUCCUCCUCCGUGGUGAUUCCUAGGAUUCUUCUUCGGCGCCUCGAUCGCGGCGUCUCGAGCGACCGGGGAGAUCGGUGUUCUAGGAAGAGAGGAUUUCUUGUUAGAUUUGGGGUCUGGUCGACGACUGUGGGAUUUUGCGGUGGAGGAGUGUAACGAGGUCCGCGGGUUCCCCAUCGCCUUGGUGGUCUUUGCCCCAGAUCUGUGGUUUCGGAGGAGAAUUAUCGCCAAAGGCGGCGCUCUUCUACCGUAGCGCUUACGGUGAAUCCGGAGGCGUAAAAGGGGUGCUUUACGCGCCUCCAGCGGGGGUCAAGGGACCAAGCACCUGCGGUUUCAAAAGUGGGACGGAGGCGAAGAGUGGGGAGCGUCGCUCGAGGCGCUUGUACUAGCGUGCCUCGUCACGAGAAGCAAAAAAAGUCAAAUUUGCAGAGGAGGGGGGCUUGUGUGAGGGUGCAUAUUUUUUGGGGCUGCUUCAGAAUUAACGCGAUAAUCUCGAGGGCUUGUACGAUUAUUUAAGCUGCUUUUGGGGCUUGAAAGUGCAGAGCCGGCUGUUCUUGUUGUUUUUGUCUGUAAAGUUGAGCGUUUACUAUGACUGCGGCUCCACCGAAUAGUUCAUCCACAAGACACGGUUCAGGGCCCAGUCAAGAUGUCUUGUACCCAGAACUAUGGAAAGCCUGUGCAGGACCUUUGGUUACUCUACCUCGUGAAGGAGAAAGGGUUUAUUACUUUCCUCAAGGUCAUAUGGAGCAGCUUGAAGCAUCAACAGAUCAAGAGCUUGACCAGCAAAUGCCCUUGUUUGAUCUGCCAUCAAAAAUCUUAUGCAGGGUAGUUUAUGUUCAACUUCAGGCCGAGCCUGAUACAGAUGAAGUAUAUGCACAUAUUACAUUGCAUCCUGAGAUAAAUCAAGGUGAAGUUACCAGCCCAGAUCCUCCACUGCCUGAGCCUAAAACUUGCAACGUCCGUUCCUUCUGCAAGACACUAACUGCAUCAGACACAAGCACUCAUGGGGGGUUCUCAGUGCUUAGGAAGCAUGCAGAUGAGUGCCUUCCUCCACUGGAUAUGACCCAGAAUCCACCAUCGCAAGAAUUGGUUGCCAAAGAUCUUCAUGAGAAUGAAUGGCGUUUCCGACACAUUUUUCGAGGACAGCCCAGGCGCCAUCUGCUCACAACUGGUUGGAGUGUCUUUGUUAGUUCUAAGCGGUUGGUAGCUGGUGAUGCAUUUAUCUUUCUAAGAGGUGAGAAUGAUGAGCUACGGGUCGGUGUGAGAAGGCUUAUGAGACAGCUAAAUAGCAUGCCAUCGUCAGUCAUAUCCAGUCAUAGCAUGCAUCUUGGAGUUCUGGCUACUGCAUCUCAUGCUCUUGCUACAGGGACUCUUUUUUCUGUUUUUUACAAGCCCAGGACAAGUAGAUCAGAGUUCAUCAUAAGUGUCAACAAGUAUCUUGAAGCCAAGAAUAACAAAUUUUCUGUUGGAAUGAGAUUUAAAAUGAGAUUUGAGGGUGACGAAGCCCCAGAACAAAGGUUUAGUGGUACUAUAAUUGGUGUAGACACCGCAUCAUCUCGUUGGAAAGAUUCAGAAUGGAGAUCCUUGAAGGUCCAAUGGGAUGAACCUUCAUCCAUCCCACGUCCAGACAGAGUUUCACCAUGGGAAUUGGAACCACUUCUUACAGGUACUCCAAACUCUCAACCAGUGCAGAGGAACAAGCGGACACGACCAUCGGCUUCGCCCACUAUAACAUCAGAUAUUACUCCAGCGUUUGGUUUAUGGAAAUCUCCUGCUGAGAGUACCAGGACAUUCUCAGUUUCUGGUUUGCAAAGAGGAACAAAACUACAUACAUCUUCCUGCCCUACAUCUCGGUUCUUAUCAGCAUCUAAGCCUGGCUUGAUUGAAUUUAAUGCAAGCAAUAAAUCAUCAGCUGCUAACAUCCCCAUGUGCCGGCCAAUCACGUCAGAACAUCAAACUGAUUCUUUUGGGGCAGAUAAAGAACAUAGUGAAAGGAAGCAAGAAACUAGUACAGGCUGCUGGCUGUUUGGGAUUCAGCUAGUUGAGAGUUCUGCGGUAGAGGAAAUAUCUCCACUGACUACCAUUUCUUGUGUUAGAGAUGAACAAACAGUGACAUCUUUAGAUGUAGAAUCAGAUCAGCAAUCUCAACCAUCAAAUGUUUUGCACACUGUGGUGAUUGUUAGGGAUGCGAACAAGUUGAGUUUUAGGGUUAAGUUUGCAAUGCAAUUCAUGAUGGAAAACAUGGGCCAUGUUUUUGAAAGUAUCUUCUGA